CUCCCGAAGCUUCAAGAGAAGAAACCCUCCUUUUAUAAAACCUAAUAUCCCCUUUCCGUUUCUCUCUCACUUGCAGGAGUCACUCGAGCUAGCUAGACUGCGGCCUUAUCCACCUCCAAACCCCCCAAAACCCUACGCCUCCAGAGCGGUUUUCAGGUUCUAAAAGGACAUGGCAGCGUCUUUCAGCACCAUGUCGACAGUUGGCUCUUUGGUGGCCCCUAGCGGCCUUGCGAUGGACAAGAAGCUUUCAAUCUCUUCAAACAGGCUCUCUUCUCUUGCUUCAAUAUCUACAAGUUCCCUAGGUGGCAGGAGGCAGCGUCUCCAUCUGCAGAAAAGAUGUUCUCCUAAGAUAAGUGCAAUGGCCAAGGAGUUGUAUUUCAACAAGGAUGGGUCUGCUACUAAGAAGCUUCAAGCUGGUGUGAACAAGCUUGCAGACCUUGUUGGGGUCACUCUUGGUCCCAAGGGCAGAAAUGUUGUCCUGGAAAGCAAGUAUGGCUCCCCAAAAAUCGUUAAUGAUGGCGUGACUGUGGCAAGAGAGGUUGAGUUGGAGGACCCUGUCGAAAACAUCGGAGCUAAGUUGGUUAGACAAGCUGCUGCCAAGACCAAUGACUUGGCUGGAGAUGGUACUACUACCUCAGUUGUUCUGGCCCAAGGCCUGAUUGCUGAAGGUGUCAAGGUAGUUGCUGCGGGUGCGAAUCCUGUUCAAAUUACUAGAGGUAUUGAGAAGACUGCGAAAGCUCUCGUGGCCGAACUCAAGUUAAUGUCAAAAGAGGUUGAAGACAGUGAGCUGGCAGAUGUAGCAGCUGUCAGUGCUGGAAACAACUAUGAAAUAGGAAACAUGAUAGCUGAAGCCAUGAGUAAAGUGGGUAGGAAGGGUGUUGUGACACUUGAAGAAGGCAAGAGCGCUGAGAAUACCCUCUAUGUUGUGGAGGGAAUGCAGUUCGAUCGUGGUUACAUCUCUCCAUAUUUUGUGACAGACAGUGAAAAAAUGGCCGUUGAAUAUGAAAACUGCAAGUUGCUUCUUGUUGACAAGAAGAUCACAAAUGCUAGAGAUCUAAUCAAUGUUUUGGAAGAUGCAAUAAGGGGUGGAUAUCCAAUCCUGAUAAUUGCUGAAGACAUCGAACAAGAAGCCCUUGCAACCCUUGUUGUGAAUAAGCUCAGAGGGGCCUUGAAGAUUGCUGCUCUAAAAGCUCCUGGAUUUGGAGAGCGCAAAAGUCAAUACCUUGAUGACAUAGCUAUCCUGACUGGAGCUACUGUGGUUAGAGAUGAAGUCGGACUGUCCCUAGAUAAGGCUGACAAGGAGGUUUUGGGACAAGCUGCUAAGGUAGUACUUACCAAGGAUGCCACCACAAUUGUUGGUGAUGGGAGCACUCAGGCUGCUGUAAAUAAGCGAGUUGCACAGAUCCGGAAUCUUGUUGAGGCAGCUGAGCAGGAUUAUGAAAGAGAGAAGCUUAAUGAAAGAAUAGCAAAACUCUCUGGUGGUGUUGCUGUCAUUCAGGUUGGAGCACAAACAGAGACCGAACUGAAAGAGAAGAAGUUGAGAGUAGAAGAUGCUCUUAAUGCAACUAAGGCAGCAGUUGAGGAGGGUAUUGUUGUUGGGGGUGGCUGUACGCUGUUGAGACUCGCAUCAAAGGUGGAUUCCAUCAAGGAUACUCUUGAAAAUGAUGAGCAGAAGGUUGGAGCAGAGAUUGUUAGGAGGGCUCUGAGCUAUCCACUUAAGUUGAUUGCCAAAAAUGCAGGUGUCAAUGGAAGUGUGGUCACUGAGAAGGUUCUUGCCAGCGACAAUCCCAAGUAUGGCUACAAUGCUGCAACAGGAAAAUAUGAGGAUUUGAUGGCCGCUGGAAUAAUUGACCCUACCAAGGUGGUGAGGUGUUGUUUGGAGCAUGCUGCCUCUGUGGCCAAAACCUUCCUCACAUCAGAUGUUGUGGUUGUCGACAUCAAGGAGCCCGAACCCAUCCCUGCUGGAAACCCCAUGGACAAUUCAGGGUAUGGCUACUAAAUAAGCUGAGAUGUGAAUGUGAGGUCCACUGGGAAUAAGACCCACCAAUGUGACGGUAGAGGUCUUUAUUUUUGUAAAAUUAAGUUUAUGGUGGUAGUUGAGACUGUUGAAGCUAUAGUGAGGCCCUUAGUUUAGUGGAAUACGGCAUGAGAUUGUGGGUUCAAGAGAUUGCAUUCUUUCUCAUGAUGUUUCUAUAUUUCUUGAAAGCAGGACAUUACAGUGCUGUUCUUCUUUGUA